GCCGUGUGGGAUAGACCACAGAAAUCCUAAAAAAGUGUGCAUUUUGAGGAUGACGGUUAGCCGGCCUUCUUAUUAUACUCCUCGUUCUCUCAUCGACUUUCCCUCCGGAGAAAUUUCAAUCAAAGAAUCAUUCUCCGUGAAACACCGCCGGCCACCUUCUUCCUCAUCAUCCCUCCCUGUUUCUUCUCCUAGAGAUUUCUAGCAGAGGAAAGGGAGAGAAAUCGAAAAAAAAAUAAUAAUAAUAAUAAUUAACAAUUAUUAACAAGAAUAAUAUCCGAAAUGGGUCCGGAAGGUUUUCCCCUCUCUCUCCUUGUUAUCUUGGCCCUCUUCUCGACCCAGAUUCAGUCCCUCCGUUUCGAUGUUGAAUCCGGCCAUACCAAAUGCAUAUCUGAAGAUAUUAAGAGCAACGCCAUGACCGUCGGCAAGUACCAAGUUGUCAACACCGACGACGGCCACCCUUUACCCGACACUCACAAACUCGCCGUUCGGGUGACAUCUACCUAUGGAAAUAGUUAUCACUAUGCGGACCAUGUGUCCGAAGGGUACUUUGCUUUUCAGACUGCAGAAGCCGGGGAUUACAUGGCUUGCUUCUUUGCUGCUGAUCAAAAACCCCCGGCUACAUUGACUAUUGAUUUGGAUUGGAAGUCCGGUGUAGUUGCUAAGGAUAUGACUAAUGUUGCAAAGAAAGGCUCUGUUGAAGCUAUGAAAACACAGCUGAUGAAGAUGUAUCUAACUGUCAUCGACAUCCAAACUGAGAUGAAUUAUCUUCGUGAAAGAGAAGAAGAAAUGCAGGAACUUAACCGAUCUACCAACGCCAACAUGGGUUGGCUGAGUGGCUUGUCGAUUAUUGUAUGCCUCUCUGUGGCGGGAUUGCAGCUAUGGCAUUUGAAAGGCUUUUUCGAGAAGAAGAAGCUCAUCUAAUUCGCGGCUUUUACUGAGAAAUACCCCAAUAGCCUGUCUUUGCUAAUGUACAAUAUUGACAUCUUUGCUAAUGUCUAAACUGAGAAGAGGGAAAACCACACAUUUUUGGAUCCAUUUCAAUUAGAGAUUUUAAUACAGCUUCAAUGUUUUGAGUGUCUAUUCUUAA